AUGGGUAGUGAUAGUCCCCAACUAUUACUGUCGGCUCAGGGCACCGGCAGUGAAGGUGCUUAUCACUACCGGCUCAAGGCUUCAGCUGGUAGUGGUACCUGUGGAAUCACUCACUCUGUCGCCGCUCGAUCCGUGCCGGAGCUGCGCGCCGGCACUCGUGGUGUUCCAGAGCUGCGCGCCGGCCCUCGCGCAAUCCAUCGAGCCAUCCCGGAGCUGCACGCCUCCCUUUCGGCCUUCCGCCCGUCGCCGCUCGAGCUGUCCUGGAGCAGCCCGCCACCCUCCGUUGCCGCUCGAGCUGUCCUGGAGCUCGCGCCGCCCUUCGAGCCGUCCCGGAGCAGCCCGCCGCCCGUCGAGCCAUCCCCAGAUCUGGGCACCUUCCCUCCGGCACAGGCUCUUCGCACCAAGCACCGCGGUGCUGCUCUAGCUCCCCGGAUCCGCAUGUCGGGCAGGAGGCAGGAGCUACGAGCAGAGGGCAGAAGGCCAGGAGCUACGAGGAGAGGUAUAGGUUGGGAUGAAAAGAAGGGGACAGUUCGCAUGAGCGACGAUUGGUGGAAGAAGAUGAGAAAAGAAAUUCCAGGAUGUGGCAAGUUUAAAGACAAGGGACUUCAAAAUGAAGAUGAGUUGAAUGUUAUGUUUGAAGACCUUCGUAAUACAGGUGAUAACCACUUUUGUGCUUCAUCAGGUGUAAUUCCUCAAAGUCCUAAUGGUGGCUCGAAUGGUGGUGAUGAGGAGGCUGAGUCAGAUGAUGACAGUGAACCAGAAGAAAUAACACCAAGUGGCAAGGGCAAAGGCAAGAGACCUAGUGGUGAUGACAAAGACAAGGUAAAAAGAGCGAAGACAAGUGGAGGCAAGUGGAUAGAAGACCAAAUUAGUAAAAUUGUGUCCUUAAAUGAGAGGUCCACAACUUCUGUUGAGUCAAUGGCAAGAAGGGAGGACAACUCAGGGUGUUCCAUCAAGGAAGUAAUGGCUAUUGUGAAGGAGUGUGGUGCUAUUCUUGGUACAAAGCAACACUUCAUUGCUUCUGAAUUAUUCACUAAGAGAGCUGAGAGGGAGAUGUUUAUGACUUUGGACACUCCAGAAGACCGGUUUGCCUGGGUCACUAUGAAGCACUUUGUCAAAUAUGGUCCUGUGUAA